AUGUCCCUCUUUAAUAAGACUGACACCAUAGAUAGUGUGCCCUUCUUUGAGGAUAGGACUGACACCAGAGAUAGUGUGCCCUUCUUUGAGGAUAAGACUGACACCAGAGAUAGUGUGCCCUUCUUUGAGGAUAGGACUGACACCAGAGAUAGUGUGCCCUUCUUUGAGGAUAAGACUGACACCAGAGAUAGUGUGCCCUUCUUUGAGGAUAAGACUGACACCAGAGAUAGUGUGCCCUUCUGUGAGGAUAAGACUGACACCAGAGAUAGUGUGCCCUUCUGUGAGGAUAAGACUGACACCAGAGAUAGUGUGCCCUUCUGUGAGGAUAAGACUGACACCAGAGAUAGUGUGCCCUUCUGUGAGGAUAGGACUGACACCAGAGAUAGUGUGCCCUUCUGUGAGGAUAAGACUGACACCAGAGAUACUGUGCCCUUUCUGUGAGGAUAAGACUGACACCAGAGAUAGUGUGCCCUUCUUUGAGGAUAAGACUGACACCAGAGAUAGUGUGCCCUUCUUUGAGGAUAAGACUGACACCAGAGAUAGUGUGCCUUUCUUUGAAGAGGUAUACACAAACACCUCAGUGUUCAGUUCAGUGUUCAGUCAUAAGUUUGACCUCAGUGUUCAGUUUUCAGUCAUAAGGUUGAGAAAGGCCAGGCCUCCAUCUGGCUCUCUCUCUCUCUCUCUCUCUCUCUCUCUCUCUCUCUCUCUCUCUACAACACACACAUACACACACACACGGGGGAGGCCACCUCCAGCAAUCUCCCCUCCACUUCCUCCGCUCCCCUUCUAAUAGCUAUCACUCAAACUGCAUUUGCACUCAAGAAUAGGCCAGCUUUUAACAGUGCAGCAUACAUACAGUGCAUUCAGAAAGUAUUCAGAUCCCUUGACUUUUUCCACAUUUUGUUACGUAACAGCCUUAUUCUAAAAUGGAUUAAAUGUUUUUUUUCCCUCAUCCAACUACACACAAUACCCCAUAAUGACAAAGCAAAAAUAGGUUUUUAGAUGUUUUAGCAAAUUUAUAAAAGAAUAAAUAACUUUUAUAUCACAUUUACAUAAGUAUUCAGACCCUUUACUCAGUACUUUGUUGAAGCACCUUUGGCAGCAAUUACUGCCUCGAGUCUUCUUGGGUAUGACGCUACAAGCUUGGCACACCUGUGUUUGGGGGAGUUUCUCACAUUCUUCUCUGCAGAUACUUUCAAGCUUUGUCAGGUUGGAUGGGGAGCGUCGCUGCACAGCUAUUUUCAGGUCUCUCCAGAGAUUUUCGAUCUGAUUCAAGUCCGGGCUCUGGCUGGGCCACUCAAGGACAUUCAGAGACUUGUCCUGAAGCCACUCCUGCGUUGUCUUGGCUGUGUGCUAAGGGUCGUUGUCCUGUUGGAAGGUGAACCUUCGCCCCAGUCUGAGGUCCUAAGCGCUCUGGAGCAGGUUUUCAUCAAGGAUCUAUCUGUACUUUGCUCCGUUCAUCUUUGCCUCGAUCCUGACUAGUCUCCCAAUCCCUGCUGCUGAAAAACAUCCCCAAAGCAUGAUGCUGCCACCACCAUGCUUCACCGUAGGGAUGGUCCCAGGUUUCCUCCAGACGUGACGCUUGGCAUUCAGGCCAAAGAGUUGAAUCUUGGUUUCAUCAGACCAGAUAAUCUUGUUUCUCAUGGUCUGAGAGUCCUUUAGGUGACCUUUUGACAAACGCUAAGUGGGCUAUCAUGUGCCUUUUACUGAGGAGUGGCUUCCGUCUGGCCAAUCUACCAUAAAGGCCUGAUUUGUGGAGUGCUGCAGAGAUGGUUGUCCUUCUGGAAGGUUCUCCCAUCUCCACAGAGAAACUAUGGAGCUCUGUCAGAGUGACCAUCAGGCUCUUGGUCACCUACCUGACCAAGGCCCUUCUCCACCGAUUGCUCAGUUUGGCUGGGCGGCCAGCUCUAGGACGAGUCUUGUUGGUUCCAAACUUCUUCCAUUUAAGCAUGAUGGAGGCCACUGUGUUCUUGGGGUACCCUUCCCCAGAUCUGUGCCUCGACACAAUCCUGUCUUGGAGCUCCACGGUCAAGUCCUUCAAUCUCAUGGCUUGGUUUUUGCUCUGACUUGCACUGUCAACUGUGGAACCUUAUUUAGAUAGGUGUGUGCCUUUCCAAAUCAUGUCCAAUCAAUUGAAUUUACCACAGGUGGACUCCAAUCAAGUUGUAGAAACAGCUCAAGGAUGAUCAAUGGAAACAGGAUGCACCUGAGCUCAAUUUCGAGUCUAUUAGCAAAGGGUCUGAAUACUCAUGUAAAUAAGGUAUUUCUUUUUUUUUCUUCUUUUUUUUACAUUUGCAAAAAUUCCUACAAACCGGUUUUCACCUUGUCAUUAUGGGGUAUCGUGUGUAAAUUGAUGAGGAAAAUAAAUAAUUUAAUCCAUUUUAAAAUAAGGCUGUAACGUAACAAAAUGUGGGGAAAAGGGAAGGGGUCUGAAUACUUUCCCAAUGCACUGUACACACAGUACAUUACAAGGAAGGUCUAAUACUUUAAGCCGUACCGCGUAUUAACACAGAGCUAAUUAUAAUCCUGCCCUGUACAGAUGAGGGUAUCCUACAAGUUGUUACAGUACUAAGCACCAUGAAUGGACGUUCUCCCACAGAUUACUGAGUCAGAGCCUAUGUAGAUCUUCGGAUAGAGCUUUACAUCAGACGUUACUUAUGGAGGUUACAGAAGUUUGAAAAACUUCCAAAAGCGCUUCAAAGCACUGUCAACCCCUUGAAAUCUUUGGAGUUACAGUCCAGUUUGCCACGCGAAGACCCAAAACACACUGCUCAGAGAUGUUGCUUGGAGGAUGAUGGCCAAAAUACUGUCCCUUCUGUGGAUAAACUUGAACACAAAGUUGCCUCUGUGGGACUGCCAAAAGAGUAGUAUACCUACUGUGAGGAUAAGAAACUAGUAUGUUUUGACCAUCUUUGAUUACCUGACAAUAGAUAUAACUUCUAAAUAAGACUGACACACAAGAUGUGUGCUUCUGUGAGAAAGACUGACAUAUAUUUGUGCCUUCUUUAGAUAUGACUGACCAGAGAUUGUGCCCUUCAUGUGAUGACUACACUAAGUGGGCCCUUCUGAGAAACUGGGACUGACCAAAUAGUUCCCUUCUUUAUGGUACCUUUGACAACUAAGGACCCUCACUGAGAUGUCUGAAACACAGGACUGUCCUUCUUGAGGUAAGACUGACCAGAUCUGUGCCUUUUGAGGAAUCAACUGACACCAGAUAUUAGCCUUGUGGAGUUAAAAUGAGCCUCUAGAUGGCCCUUUAGUAGACUGACACGAGAUAGGUGCCCUUCGUUAGUAAUCCGACUGGCCAGUCAUGUGACCCUCUGGAGACAUAAGGACACCAAGAUAGUGUCCCUUUGUGGAUAAGACUGACACAGAGAUGUGUGCCCUUCUGUGAAAGAUACACAAACACUCAGUGUCGCGCACUAGUACUGCAUGUUUUACGUAAGCUGACCAGAUUUCCCUUCUUAGAUAAGACUGACACAAGAGAUAGUGUGCCCUUCUGUGAGGAUAAGACUGACACAAGAGAUAGUGUGCCCUUCUGUGAGGAUAAGACUGACACCAGAGAUAGUGUGCCCUUCUGUGAGGAUAAGACUGACACCAGAGAUAGUGUGCCCUUCUGUGAGGAUAAGACUGACACCAGAGAUAGUGUGCCCUUCUGUGAGGAUAAGACUGACACCAGAGAUAGUGUGCCUUCUGUGAGGAUAAGACUGACAUGAGAUAGUGUGCCCUUCUUUGAGGAUAGGACUGACACCAGAGAUAGUGUGCCCUUCUGUGAGGAUAGGACUGACACCAGAGAUAGUGUGCCCUUCUUUGAGGAUAAGACUGACACCAGAGAUAGUGUGCCCUUCUUUGAGGAUAAGACUGACACCAGAGAUAGUGUGCCCUUCUGUGAGGAUAAGACUGACACCAGAGAUCGUGUGCCCUUCUUGAGGAUAAGACUGACACCAGAGAUAGUGGUGCCCUUCUUUGAGGAUAAUACUGACACCAGAGAUAGUGUGCCCUUCUGUGAGGAUAAGACUGACACCAGAGAUCGUGUGCCCUUCUGUGAGGAUAAGACUGACACCAGAGAUAGUGUGCCCUUCUGUGAGGAUAAGACUGACACCAGAGAUAGUGUGCCCUUCUGUGAGGAUAAGACUGACACCAGAGAUAGUGUGCCCUUCUGUGAGGAUAAGACUGACACCAGAGAUCGUGUGCCCUUCUGUGAGGAGGUAUACACAAACACCUCAGUGUUCAGGUCAGUGUUCAGUCAUAAGGUUGACUGGCACCAUGUCUCUCUCUCUCUCUCUCUCUCUCUCUCUCUCUCUCUCUCUCUCUCUCUCUCUUCAACUCACACACUCCUAGCAGCCUUGCCUCGCUGUGGUCUUGCUGUGAGUGUGUGGAGACUGGAAAGAGAGAGAUUUUGCCAAAAUCACAAGCUUUAAUGUACUCAGCAUUUUAAAAGUUAACGUUUAACAGUUAGAAUUAAAACCUAAUCAGACGUUAUGAAGGAUGUGAUUAUACAGUAUAUAAUCACUCUGGUGGAAUAUCUGACAUACCAGUUAACGUUCUCUUACAGCUCAUUUAAAAAGCUACAGUUGGUUGGUUAAAAUCAGCUUCUCCUCAUUGCUUUAAUGAUGUGCCUUGUUUGGCAAGGUACCCCAGAGUGGGAUGGAACUGUGUAGUGUUUUUAGGGGGCUGUAUAGCUGUCUGGUAGGGUUGAAGGUGACACUGGAAGGUGUGUGUGUGUGUGUGUGUGUGUCUGUGUGUGUGCGUGCUUGCGCGGGUGGGUGGGUGCGUAUUUUAGCAGACUGGGGCCUCUCUGUGCCUCUGUUUUAAAACACACAUUCUUAAACACACGCGUUAUAAAUAGAUCCAAAGCUGAGGUCACCAUGAUAGCCAGUCCUGAGGGGCGGGAUCCUAAAAUGGCUGCUUCCUGUCUUGGAAUACUGAACACCAGCCCCCCUUACACACACAGACAGACAGUCCAUUGUGGUCAUAACAGUCCAUUGUGGUCAUAACAGUCCAUUGUGGUGAAAACAGUCCAUUGUGGUGAAAACAGUCCAUUGUGGUGAAAACAGUCCAUUGUGGUGAUAACAGUCCAUUGUGGUGAUAACAGUCCAUUGUGGUCAUAACAGUCCAUUGUGGUGAUAACAGUCCAUUGUGGUGAUAACAGUCCAUUGUGGUUAUAACGGUCCAUUGUGGUGAUAACAGUCCAUUGUGGUGAUAACAGUCCAUUGUGGUUAUAACGGUCCAUUGUGGUCAUAACAGUCCAUUGUGGUGAUAACAGUCCAUUGUGGUGAUAACAGUCCAUUGUGGUGAUAACAGUCCAUUGUGGUGAUAACAGUCCAUUGUGGUGAUAACGGUCCAUUGUGGUUAUAACGGUCCAUUGUGGUGAUAACAGUCCAUUGUGGUGAUAACAGUCUUAGUGGGUUUCAAAGCGAGAAAGUCAGAGUAUCAGGAGGCAGUGCUUGCCCUUACAAAAAAAAUAGUGCAAAAAUAAUGUGAAAAAAAUACAUGUGGUUUUCAGACAUGUAUUAAGACACAUGUUUGAACCAAUCACAUGUGGAUAUAUUUUUUUGCCACAGGUGAAGUCACAUGAAUUUUUCACAUGUAUACUUUUCACGUUCAUUUUUCGCAUGUUUGCCUCCUGCUAGUAAGGGGGGCUGUCCACAUGACUCAGACACAUGUAUACACCCCAGUGGAGGCUGCUGAGGGGAGGAUGGCUCAUAACAAUGGUAUGGAGACUGAGUGUGUUUAGAACAUGGGGAGAGUGUCUGGCCAUUUUGAGGGGCACCUCCCUUUGACUCACCACCACAUGUGAGUGAGAGAGUGAGAGAGUGAGAGAGUGAGAGUGAGAGUACUGAACACCUCAUAGAUCACUUUAUGGAAAAUGAUUUAGGAGCAAUGAAAUGGCAGCAGAGUCCAGCCCUGUUACAGUAAAUGCACUGAACUGUGUGGUUGUUGGGGAGAAUUCAACCUUGUACGUAAGUUUGACUACGAACUCAAAACCCCCUGUCCACGAGAAGCAGAACUAACCCAUUUAGGAUCACCAAUGUACUUGUAAAGAUACAUGUUUCACACUGUGAUGGUAGUCACAACGAUAUUCUACCCAAGAUGUUUCUUGUGUUAUUGUUAUUGUGUGAAUGGCAUGGCACGUUAGUACACAACUAACCCUGGUCUCUCUUUCCCCAGAUAAAUACCACGGGUAGAUGAAGAAGCAGAGAAGAUGUCGUUCUUUGGGCUGGACUGUGCCAAGAAGAAAGAGAGAGGUGAGGAGCCGACCAACCUCGCUGUUCUCAUGAUGUUUAAUAGUUAACAAUAAGGAGAAUGCUGCUUCGGAGAUGGCUACCCCAUCAUCUGUCCUCUCCUUUUCUCUUGUCCUCUCCCCUCUCCCCAUCUAAGACACUACUGCAGUUUUACUCUUUAUUGCUGUAGUAUAACCUUAUUAUAUAGUCAAACUUAAUUACUACAGUAUACACUGUCAAGUAAUUAUCUUUUUGUUGUCUCAUGAUUUGGCUGGGUCUAAUUGUGUUGCUCUGCUGGGGCUCUCUCUCUCAACUCUCUUUCUCACUCUCGCUCUCUCUCUCGCACUCUCCCUUUCCCUCUCUCUCUCACUGUCCUUUUCUCUCUCUUGCUCUCUCUCUCGGUCUCUGUCCCUCUCUCUCUCUCUGUCCUGUUCUCUCUCUCUCUCUCUCUCUCUCUCUCUCUCUCUCUCUCCUGUUCUCUCAGAGUUGGAGAGGAAACUGAGGGCAAAUGACAGAGAGUAUAACCUCUCCUUCAGAUAUGCGGUGAGUUUAGUUGAAUGUGUGUGUAUGAGGGUGCCUAUGUACAUGGUAUUCCCAGGGGUAAAAUGUAUGUUUCACCAUCCUGGUUUGUGUGUGUGUUUGGGUGGGCCUUUUGUAUUGAGUAUAUAUCAAUCCCCUGGGACCAGGCUAUACAGUGCCUUCAGAAAGUAUUCAGACCCCUUGACUUUUUCCACAUUUUGUUACAUUACAGCCUUAUUCUAAAGUGGAUUACAUAAAUAAAAAUCCUCAGCAAUCUACACCCAAUACCCCAUAAUGACAAAGCAAAAACAGGUUUCCAGAAAUGUUUGCAAAUGUAUUAAAAAUAAAACACUUAAAUACCUUAUCUACAUAAGUAUUCAGACCCUUUGCUAUGAGACUCGAAAUUGAGCUCAGGUGCAUCCUGUUUCCAUUCAGAGACUUGUCCAGAAAGCCACUCCUGCGUUGUCUUGGCUGUGUGAUUAGGGUCGUUGAGGCUUUAGGUGCUUCAAGGAUGUACUGAGUAAAGGGUCUGAAUACUUAUGUAAAUGUGAUAUUUCUGUUUUUUAUUUGUAAUAAAUUAGCAAACAUUUCUAAAAACCUGUUUUUGCUUCGUCAUUAUGGGGUAUUGUGUGUAAAUUGCAGAGAUUUUUUUUUUUUGUUCAUCCAUUUUAGAAUAAGGCUGUUACGUAACAAAAUGUGGAAAAAAUAAAGGAAUCUGAAUACUUUCUUAAGGCACUGUAUAUGUCACUGUCUGGUUAUUGUCAUGUGUCUGGCUCCCUGCCAGGGGUCUGAGUGUGUGGUGGUCUGGUCUGAGUGUCUGGUGGUCUGGUCAGGUCUGGUCUGGUCUGAGUGUGUGGCAGUCUUUUCAGUUCUGGUCAGGUCUGGUCUGAGUGUGUGGGGGUCUUGAGUGGAUAGGACAUUGUUUCAGACAUCUGCUGUAGAGUUACACAUUACAUUAAAAACACACUUUAGUUUACUACUGAGAUCAACCCCCUACAGCUCUCUCCUCUCCUCUCCUCUCCUCUCCUCUCCUCUCCUCUCCUCUCCUCUCCUCUCCUCUCCUCUCCUCUCCUCUCCUCUCCUCUCCUCUCCUCUCCUCUCCUCUCCUCUCCUCUCCAUCUCUCUCUCUCUCUCGCACUCUCUCUCUCUCUCUCCUCUCCCAUCCCCAGCUUUUUAUUCUCCAAGAUCUAUCUUGUUUAGGGAACAACUCUUGAGUUAAGAGACCAGAAUAAUGUAAACAUCCAGUUCUUCCAUGUGUUAGGACUGUAGCCAACGCCACAAGCCACUGACCUCUCUGUUAUCAAUGAAGAGAGACAUUAAGAAAUACAUUUUGUCCUUUGAGAAGUGAGCUUCUAAUGGAAUGUAAGCUAAAAGCUGCCUGUUGGAGAUCAAAGUACACUCUUAGAAAAAAGGGCUCCAAAACGGUUCUUCGGCUGUCCCAAAUAGGAUAACCCUUUUUGGUUCCAUGUAGAACCUUCUGUGUAGAAGGUUUUACAUGAAACUCAAAAGGAUUCUACCUGGAACCAAAAGGUUCUACCUGGAACCAAACAGGGUUCUUCAAAGGGUUCUCCUAUGGGGACAGCCGAAUAACUCUUUUAGGUUCUAGAUAGCACCUUUUUUUCCAAGAGUGUAGCGAUCCAAAGUUGUUAACCAUUUAAACCAAGCUGUUCUAAAAUGAGUCACACACACACACAGAUUAGACUCAGCACGCAGCUCCUAAUGUGAUGUCGUUACCGGUUCUCAUUUAAAUAUCUUUCAGACAGUGGAGUCCCGGCCCAUCUUCUGAAACAUUACAUCUUCAAAGAGUAUGUUAAAUAAAUCCCACGCCCCCCCAAGAGGAAGUAGGAGAUUGCAAACGAAACUGCUCUUGUCUUCUAUUGUCUUGUCUUGUAUCAUCUAAUAUUGUCUUGUCUUAUCUUGCACAAUGCUUAGUUGGAAAACAUGUUGGUUUCAUUUCCUCCUAUCUCAGUUGAGAAAUGUUACUUAACCUUGAUUGAGUUAGGCUAAUUCAGCACCACUGAUCUGCCAGCAGCCCUGCCGGAGACAGAGCUAUGAAGAAGUUCACUCAGAGAACAUGUUUGUAUGAGUUCUCAUUGGCUUCUCAAUGUAUGGGUUCUCAUUGGCUUCUCAUAGUUUGAGUUCUCAUUGGCUUCUCAAUGUAUGAGUUCUCAUUGGCUUCUCAAUGUAUGAGUUCUCAUUGGCUUCUCAAUGUAUGAGUUCUCAUUGGCUUCUCAAUGUAUGAGUUCUCAUUGGCUUCUCAAUUUAUGGGUUCUCUAAAAUCAUGUUAUGUUUUACUCACACACUCUUUCUCCCUCCCUCCCUCCCUCCCUCCCUCCCUUCCUCCUUCCCUCCCUCCCUCCCUCCCUCCCUCAGACCAAUGCCAUUAAGACGUCUAAGUACAACGCGUUCACCUUCCUGCCCCUCAACCUCUUUGAACAGUUCCAGAGAAUAGCCAACGCUUACUUCCUCAUUCUGCUGGUACUCCAAGUGAGUGGAACACACACACACACACGCAUAUGCACAUACGUACAGAGAUACACACACACACACCUUUUGUUUCAACAUGCAUUAUCAGGACAUACAGUAUUAGUUUGGAGGAGUAUCCAGUUCCAGACUAUGGGCGCUUGCGUCAGCGUGCUACUCGCUCAUAACAGCUAUCACUAACCUCGAUUUUGGACGAGGACUUCUACUUCAAUGCUUCGGACGCAAAAGACAGGCCCAAAUCCCCGACACUAGAAGAAGGAGGAGAUGGUGCUACAGAGGCCCGGCGUGCGGGAUACCUGACGAGAUUACUUCGGAGAGUGGAUAAAUCGCCUCUACCCCUCCGUUCUAUUUGCAAUCACUGGAGAAUAAACUGGAUGAACUCAGUUCGAGACUAUCCUAUCAACGUGAUCUGAAGAACUGUAAUAUCCUAUAGUCGUGGCUGAACAAGGACAUAGCAGAUAUAAAUCUAGCUGGUUUUUCUAUACGUCGUCAGGACAGAACGGCAGCGUCGGGGAAGCUCAGGGGAGGAGGUGUGUUUCUCUUUGUUAACAACAGCUAGUGCACGAUCUCUAAUAAUAAGGAAGGAAGUCUUGAGGUUCUGCUCGCCUGAGUUAGAGUACCUCAUGAUAAGCUGUUGACCAUACUAUUUACCAAGAGAGUUUUCGUCUAUAUUUUUCAUAGCUCUCUAUUUACCACCAGAAACCGAUGCUGGCACUAAGAUCGCACUCAACAAGCUGUAUAGGGCCAUAAGCAAACAAGACAAUGCUCAUCCAGAGGCAGCACUCUUAGUGGUCAGGGACUUUAAUGCAGGAAAACUGAAAUCCAUUUUACAUCAUUUCUACCAGCAAAUCACCUGUGCAACUAGAGGCAAAAAGAUCACCUUUACUCUACACACAGAGACGCAUACAAAGCUCUCCCUUGACUUCCAUUUGGCAAAUAUGACCAUAACUAUAUCCUCCUGAUUCCUGCUUACAAGCAAAAACUCAAACAGGAAGUACCAGGGAUGCGCUCAAUAUGGAAGUGGUCCAAUAAAGCGGAUGCUAAGCUACAAGAAUGUUUCACUAGCACAGAUUGGAAUAUGUUCCGGGAUUCAUCUGAUUGCAUUGAGGAGUUUACCACAUCAGUCACCGGCUUCAUUAAUAAGUGCAUCGACACCGUCGUCCCCACAGUGACCAUACAUACAUAUCCCAACCAGAAGCCAUAGAUUACAGGCAACAUCUGCACUGAGCUAAAGGCUAGAGGUGCCGCUUUCAAGAAGCGAGACACUAAUCCUGACACUUAUAAGAAAUCCUGCUACGCCCUCCGACGAACCAUCAAACAGGGAAAGCGUCAAUACAGGAUCAAGAUCGAAUCCUACUAUAUCGGCUCUGAUGCUCAUUGGAUGUGGCAGGGCUUGCAAACUAUCACGGAUUACAAAGGGAAACUCAGCCCCGAGCUGUCCAGUGAUGCGAGCCUAUCAGACGAGCUAAACACUUUCUAUGCUCGCGUCGAGGCUAGCAACACUGAACCAUUCAUGAGUGCACCAGUUGUUCCGGACGACUGUGUGAUCACGCUCUCAGUAGUCGACUAUCACCCCGGUAGCAUUCACAUCAGUAGUCAUGAAAUGCUUUUAAAGGAUGGUCAUGGCACAAUCAACACCAUCAUUCCAGACACAGUGGACCCAUUCCAAUUCGCAUACCGCCCUAACAGAUCCACGGAUGACGCAAUCUCUAUUGCACUCCACACUGCUCUUUCCCACCUGGACUAAAGGAAUACCUACGUGAGAAGGCUGUUCAUUGACUACAUCUCAGAGUUCAACACCAUAGUGCCCUCCAACCUCAUCACUAAGCUAAGGACCCUGGGAUUAAACACCUCCCUCUACAACUGGAUCCUGGACUUCCUGACGGGCCACCCCCAGGUGGUGGGUAGGCAACAACACAUUCACCAUGCUGACCCUCAACACGGGGGCCUCUCAGGGGUGCGUGCUUAGUCUCUUCCUGUACUCCUUGUUCACCCACGACUGUGUGGCCUUGCACAACUCUAACACCAUCAUUAAGUUUGCAGACGACACAACGGUGGUAGGCCUGAUCACCGACGACGAUGAGACAGCCUACAAGGAGGAGGUCAGACACCUGGCAGUGUGGUUCCAGGACAAGAACCUCUCCCUCAACAUCAGCAAGACAGAAGAGCUGAUCGUGGACUACAGGAAACGGAGGGUCAAGCAUGCCCACAUCCAUAUCAACGGGGCUAUAGUGGAGCAGGUCGAGAGCUUCAAGUUCCUCUGUGUCCACAUCACUAAGGAAUUUGGUGUGGGUCCUCAGAUCCUCAAGAAGUUCUACAACUGCACCAUUGAGAGCAUCUUGACUGGCUGCAUCACCGCUUGGUUUGGCAAUUGCUUGGCAUCUGACCGCAAGGCGCUACAGAGGGUAGUGCAUUGGUGUAGUACGGCCCAGUACAUCACUGGGGCCAAGCUCCCUGCCAUAGAGGACCUCUAUACCAGGCGGUGUCAGAGGAAGGCCCUAAGAAUUGUCAAAGACUCCAGUCACCCAAGUCAUAGACUGUUCUCUCUGCUACUGCACGGCAAGCGAUACCGAUUCACCAAGUCGGAAACGACAGGACCCUGCACAGCCUUUACCCUUAGCCAUAAGUAGUUAGUUAAAUAGUUAACUAAUAGCUACCCAGACUUUCUGCAUUGACCCUUUUUGCACUAACUCUUUUGACACAUCACAUGCCCUGCUGUUACUGUUAAUUAUCUAUCCUGUUGCCUAGUCACUUUAUCCCUACCUAUAUGUACAUAUCUACCUAAAUUACCUCAUACCCCUGCACAUCUGCUCCGUACUGGUACCCCGUGUAUAUAGCCAAGUUAUCAUUACUCAUUGUAUAUUUAUAUAUUAUUUUUCUAUUUGUCUCUCUGCCCCGUAAGUAGUAAGCAUUUCACUGUUAGUCUACACCAGUUGUUUACGAAGCAUGUUACCUGCUGGAGCCAGACCCUGUUGGAGGAGAUGGCUAUGAUUUCCACAGUAAAGCUAGAAUCAGUCCAAUAAGAAAACGGGAUAUGAUUUCCAGAAUAAAGCUACAUCAGUCCAAUAAGAAAACGGGAUAUGAUUUCCAGAAUAAAGCUACAUCAGUCCAGUAAGAAAAUAGGAUAUGACUGAGUGAAGUGCAUUGAUUGAGGAAGUGAGAUACUCAGCACAGUUGACUCUUAGCGUCUUAACUCAUUGUUGGAUAGAGGUUUACAAACGACAUACCUGACGUAGAGAGAUCUCAUCACACCUUACAGUAUGUAGAAACAACUAUGGAGACUAGCAGAGAGCCGAUCCAUAUACAUGUCUCUGUCUUAUGGAUCCAGUACAGGGUUUCAUAUCAUGGAUUCUGUCCUGUUAUGAAAGUCUAUGUGUAGGCUUGUGUUGUGUUUUUGUCUGCAUACUCACUGUAUGUUUAGCUAAUAUCAGCACCAUUUACGAUCAACACCACCAUCAUAGAGAUCCUAUUAAAUUACUAGAGGGGCUAUGUCAUAAACCCUAAAAGUUCCAAACCAGUCUUAUUGGAAUUAAUGGCAGUAGAGGCAUGAUUCAGAUUUUACUUAUGCAGGAAAAUAAAAGUAAGGCAUGUGAUAAAUCAGAUAUUGUGUAUUAGAAGUAUUGUCAACCUAAAAUAUUGCCAUACAAUUAUAAAUACAGUUUAUGCAGGUUUUAUACACAUUUUCUGUAUGAAUAGCCUCUAAAAUAUAUGUAAACAGACCAUAAAGGUCUCCAUUUUUGUUUUCUUGUAAAGCUGUGAGUGCAAUUAUAUGAUACAAUAUCACUACUUGUUGCAUUUACAACUUGUCUAAGUCCUUAUCAUCAACUGAUUUCAGCAUAUUGGCAGUUAAUUUAAACAAUUAAUGGAAUAAUUUCUCUAAAACUGGAUGGCUAGCUAGCUAACAAACAUACAGUGAAGAUAAAUUCUUCAAAUUCAUUAUUUUACACAAUAUCUUAUCAAGGCAUUGGCAAAUCAUGGUUGACCAACUCCCUGACCAAAAUGGCUGACCUUUAUACCAUCAUAAGAAGGUUCAUGACCAUUCUAGUAUUCUAAUUCCUAAUUACAUGACCACCAUCUCCUCCCUAUAUUGGGGUAUCUGUUGUAUUAAUGUGAGAUGUUGUAUAGAUGUUGUAUAAAUGUUACCUGAGUGUUUGUUGAACGUUGUGGUUGUGUUGCGGUAGGUGAUUCCUGCCAUCUCCUCUCUGUCCUGGUUCACGACCGUGGUCCCUCUGGUCCUGGUGCUGUCUGUGACUGCUGCUAAAGACGCUACAGAUGACAUAGUGAGUAUGAAGAGAACUCCUUACCUUUCACAUAUAACUGCUGCUCAGCCCUUCGCCAUUCCAAGCAGAUAUCUCUUUAGCUUCUCCUUUUCAUCUUUACCCCUCUCUCUCUCUCUCUCUCUCUCUCUGUCUCUGUCUCUGUCUCUGUCUCUCUGUCUCUCUGUCCUCUCUGCUCCCUGGCUCUCUCGUCCUCUCUCUCUCUCUCUUUCUCUCUCUUCUCUCUCUCUCUGUCUCUCUCUCUCUCUCUCUCUCUCUCUCUCUCUCUCUACCUACCUACUCUGUCGUGAUUUAUUCACCUUUGACCUUCUGACCUUUAACCUGCUUACCUUACCUGACUAUUGUAUAGUGGUGGUGCACUGGGCUGGUUGAAAGGUUGUAGAGGUUCAGACUAUUGUCAGUUUGGCUGUCACUCCACACUCCAACCUCUCUCUCUUUCCCCUCUCUCUCUCUCUCUCUCUCCUCUCCUCUCUCUCUUCUCUCUCUCUCUCUCUCUCCUCUCUAUUUCUCUCUCUCACCGAAAUCCUCUCUUAUUUGUAUAUCCAUGGUGAUUGUUGUUGUGUUGGUGGCAGUAACGUCAUUGUUUCAGGAGUUGGGACUAAGACUCCACUUUUUGAACGUCUGUGUCAGACAUCUUAUUUAAGGCUCUGUUUCAGGUUACUCCCUCCUCUUACCUCAUCUCGUAUCUCUCUCUCUCUCACUGCAGGCUCUGUGUAUGUGUCCAUGUGUCUGUGCGUCCAUGCAUGUGUGGUUGACUUUCUGGAGGAGAAUAUCAGUAAGAUAAUUGGUUAAACAACAGAAAUGUCUUCUGAUUCCCUCUCUGAUGUGUUUUUAAUUGGCUUGUUCUUUCACUACUUUCUGAAUCAAGCAGGAAUCUAGUUUUAAUACCAAAACAAUAAAAGGAAAAUAACUUUCAGUUCCAGCUGUAAAGUUUUUAAAAAAACCACUACUGCUACAGGCUGUGGAGGGAAUUUUGCAACCUGAUACUGAACCGGUCUGGGAAAUGUGAUCUCAUGUGGUUACACAUUAACCUCAGUAACAGAACAAGGGUCUGUUUGUUAGGUCAGGUGGCUACACAGACUGCGUCCCAAAUUGCACCCUAUUCCCUAUGUAAUUCACUACUUUUGACUAGGACCCAUAGACUGUUCAAAAGGUAGUGCACUAUAUAGGGAAUAGGGUGCAAUUUGGGACGUAGAAACUGACCUUUCUGCCUUCACGGUCCAGCAACAGCUUUAGUGAGGUCAUCGUAUUUGGCUUAUCAUGAUUGGCUCUUGGUGAGGAGAUGGUGGCCAUCUUUAGCGACACAGUGGUGGGAAGUCAAGAGUUUUGGGUGGCCUGGUGAGACUCCAGACUAAAACCUAACAUUUAGACAACCUCUUACCUGAAGAAAUCCCCUCAGUCAAUACAUAAAGAGAGCAUAUAAAGAUGUCUUGUAAUGAUUAAGUCAACUCCAUUCACAAGUCCCCAUUUAACCAGGAAACGACCCUUGAGGUUAGCUACUAAUGUCUAAUGUAUUGUAUUAUCCUCUCUGUUUUACCAGAACCGCCACAGGAGUGACAACCAGGUGAACAACAGGAAGGUCACAGUGCUCAUGGAUGGAGAGUAAGUUCAUCAGAUCUACUAUUGGUUUCAUUAUGAACACAACUUAUGAUGGUUGUGUGUGUGGUCAGAGAUUGUUUGUCCCCAUCCUACUGUCUCCACUGUCCUCCACACAAAUCCAUUUCCAGGCAGGGACAGCUAGGCACCGUGCCCUCUUUUCUGGGGGGCAACAGGAAGCAGCUGCAGGACAACAGGAAGUGCUUGUUUUCUUCCUGUUGAUGUGACUCCAGACUACAUAGAUUUGAACGUCUGACCCCAUUGGCUAUAUUUAGUCUUCUAUUUCCUCCUGACUGUCCCCAAACAACAGAGGGACGAUCCCUACUGUCUACACAACAUACUCUCUCACUUUCACUCUCUCUCUCUCUCUUUCCCCUCCACCACACACACUCUCUCUCUCUCUGUCUCUUCCCCUCCUUCUCAAUAUUUGUCUGUCUAGACUACGGAGUGAAAAAUGGAUGGACGUUCAGGUGGGCGAUACCAUCAAACUGGAGAACAAUCAGUUUGUUACGGUGAGAACAGAACACUGAACCUAACUGUCAGUUCAUUAAAACAUACUGAUUCAGCUCUGGAACAUGCUGUGCCUCACUGUUAGUCUAUUUUAACAGUUGGCACAGGAGACCAUCCUGAUAGACUGAAUAUAGGCACCAGUCUAUUUGAUAGUCAGUGAAUCUGAUUCUGUGAAUCUCUGUGUGAUUUCAGGCAGACCUGUUGCUGCUCUCUAGCAGUGAACCUCUCAACCUGGUCUACAUAGAGACUGCUGAACUGGACGGGUCAGUGUGUGUGUGUGUGUGUGUGUGUGGCUGUGUCAGUUUGUUUGUCCAUCCACUGUACAAAGCUAAUGUCUAUUCAUACUUACUCCUCAUACCCUCUCUCCCUCCUCCUCCUCCUCCUCCUCCCCCCCUCCUCCUCCUCCUCCUCCUCUCUCCCCUCCUCCUCCCCCCUCCUCCUCCUCCUCCUCCUCCCCCCCCCCCCUCUCCCUCCUCCCCCCCCCCCUCUCCCUCCUCCUCCCCCCCCCCUCCUCCUCCUCCUCUCUCCCCUCCCCCCUCCUCCUCCUCCCCCUCCUCCUCCUCCUCUCUCCCCCCUCUACUCCUCCUCCUCCUCUGCCCAUCUCCUCCUCUGCCCAUCUCCUCCUCCUCCUCCUUCUCCUCUGCCCUCCUCCUCCUCCUCCUCCUCCUACUACCCCCCCCCCCCCCCCCCCUCUCCCCCCCCCCCCCCCCCCCCCCCCUCCUCUCUCCCCAUCCUCCCUCUCCUCUCCUCCACCUCUCAGAGAGACCAAUCUAAAGGUGAAGCAGGCUCUGACAGUAACAGGAGACAUGGGGGACAACAUCCACAGCCUGGCUGCCUUCAAUGGUGAGUUGACACUCAGAGGGUGACAUCUGAAGGGGUUAGACACUUUCUAGAUAGUAGCUCUGGGUAGAAGUUUCCCUUAGAUACAGAUCCAGGAUCAGCCAAAUCCUAACAUGAACCAUUAAGGGGGAUAUGCAUAAACUAACCUUUUGAUCAGUGUCUAGGGGAAAAAAGUCAUUCUGCUCAUACUUUGUAGCCACGCCAUAAUGAUCAUAAAAGCAUAAAGCAAAUUGCCAAAGAAAAACAUAGAAUUACGAAAGAAAAAAGCAGCAUAUUUCAAUCAGGUGUGGUUCAGUGCCCUAGUAAAUGUAUGAUGUUUUAACCAUAUAAAUACCCACUCUCCUCUCGUCCAAACCCUGUGUCUCCUCCUCUCCUCCUAACCCUGUGUCUCCUCUCCUCCUAACCCUGUGUCUCCACCUCUCCUCCUAACCCUGUGUCUCCACCUCUCCUCCUAACCCUGUGUCUCCUCCUCUCCUCCUAACCCUGUGUCUCCUCCUCUCCUCCUAACCCUGGGUCUCCUCCUCUCCUCCUAACCCUGUGUCUCCUCCUCUCCUCCUAACCCUAUGUCUCCUCCUCUCCUCCUAACCCUGUGUCUCCUCCUCUCCUCCAAACCCUGUGUCUCCUCCUCUCCUUCUAACCCUGUGUCUCCUCCUCUCCUCCUAACCCUGUGUCUCCCUCCUCUCCUCCUAACCCUGUGUCUCCUCCUCUCCUCCUAACCCUGUGUCUCCUCCUCUCCUUCUAACCCUGUGUCUCCUCCUCCCCCUCCUAACCCUGUGUCUCCUCCUCUCCUCCUAACCCUGUGUCUCCUCCUCUCCUCCUAACCCUGUGUCUCCUCCUCCUCCUCCUAACCCUGUGGUCUCCUCCUCUCCUCCUAACCCUGUGUCUCCUCCUCUCCUCCUAACCCUGUGUCUCCUCCUCUCCUCCUAACCCUGUGUCUCCUCCUCUCCUCCAAACCCUGUGUCUCCUCCUCUCCUUCUAACCCUGUGUCUCCUCCUCUCCUCCUAACCCUGUGUCUCCUCCUCUCCUCCUAACCCUGUGUCUCCUCCUCUCCUCCUAACCCUGUGUCUCCUCCUCUCCUCCUAACCCUGUGUCUCCUCCUCUCCUCCUAACCCUGUGUCUCCUCCUCUCCUCCUAACCCUGUGUCUCCUCCUCCUCCUAACCCUGUGUCUCCUCCUCUCCUCCUAACCCUGUGUCUCCUCCUCCUCCUAACCCUGUGUCUCCUCCUCUCCUCCUAACCCUGUGUCUCCUCCUCCUCCUUCUAACCCUGUGUCUCCUCCUCCUCCUCCUAACCCUGUGUCUCCUCCUCUCCUCCUAACCCUGUAUCUCCUCCUCUCCUCCUAACCCUGUGUCUCCUCCUCUCCUCCUAACCCUGUGUCUCCUCCUCUCCUCCUAACCCUGUGUCUCCUCCUCUCCUCCUAACCCUGUGUCUCCUCCUCUCCUCCUAACCCUGUGUCUCCUCCUCUCCUCCUAACCCUGUGUCUCCUCCUCUCCUCCUAACCCUGUGUCUCCACCUCUCCUCCUAACCCUGUGUCUCCUCCUCUCCUCCUAACCCUGUGUCUCCUCCUCUCCUCCUAAACCCUGUGUCUCCUCCUCUCCUCCUAACCCUGUGUCUCCUCCUCUCCUCCUAACCCUGUGUCCUCCUCUCCUCCUAACCCUGUGUCUCCUCUCCUCCUAACCUGGUCUCCACCCUCCUCCUAACCCUGUGUCUCCUCCUCUCCUCCUAACCCUGUGUCUCCUCUCCUCCUAACCCUGUGUCUCCUCCUCUCCUCCUAACCCUGUGUCUCCUCCUCUCCUCCUAACCCUGUGUCUCCUCCUCUCCUCCUAACCCUGUGUCUCCUCCUCCUAACCCUGUGUCUCCCCCUCUCCUCCUAACCCUGUGUCUCCUCCUCUCCUCCUAACCCUGAGUCUCCUCCUCUCCUCCUAACCCUGUGUCUCCUCCUCUCCUCCUAACCCUGUCCAGGCGAGGUGCGCUGUGAGCCCCCCAACAACCGACUGGACCGUUUCACAGGAACACUGACUAACGCUGGUCAGAAAUACUCUCUGGACAACGACAAGAUCCUGCUGAGGGGCUGCACCCUCAGGAACACAGAGUGGUGCUUCGGACUGGUGCUGUUCGGAGGUGAGAGGUUAAAGGUCAGGGCUGGUGCUGUUUGGAAGUGAGAUGUUAGAGGUCAGGACUGGUGCUGUUUGGAGGUGAGAUGUUAAGGGUCAAAUCAAAUCAAAUAGUAUUUGUCACAUUGGCCAAAUACAACAGGUGUAGUAGACCUUACCGUGAAAUGCUUACAGAGGUCAGGACUGGUACUGGUUCACAGGUCAGUUAAACCCGCCCUCUGCUGGGCAGUAUAGAUAAUAAACAUCAUCAGAGAAUACCGAACUCUGACUGACCAAAUGGACAUUUUGCUUCUAACCUUUAUUAAAAGGUAUUCUUCUAAACAAUGAGGAAAUGUCAAUUAUCGGUUGUUAAGUUUUUUUCUUCUAAAUUAUUACAUAUAGCCCCUUUAAUACUAACCCUGUUGUGGUCCAGGUCCAGAGACUAAGCUGAUGCAGAACUGUGGAAAGACCACGUUCAAGAGGACCAGCAUCGACCGCCUGAUGAACGUGCUCGUCCUUUGUGUGAGUCCAGCAGUUAGACUCUUGUGGGUUUUAUCUGUCAAUGGAUAGAUCUGGGAUAGAUGGGGUUUUAUUGGGAGUUAAGAUCUUAAUUUUAACUUUCACUGGACAUCUCUCAUUAACAAUAUGUUUUUUAUUACACUAGGUUCAGUUUAAUUUUCUAUAGUUUCUGUCAGCCUUUACAUCUCUCUUCCCACCUGUUGACCUCUUGACCUAUUGACCCCUCUUUCCCCCAUCAGAUCUUUGGCUUCCUGGCGUUCAUGUGCACGAUCCUGGCCAUCGGCAACAGGAUCUGGGAGCAGCGCUGGGGGUCAGAGUUCACGGCCUUCCUGCCCAGACAGGACGGAGUCGACACCCCCUUCUCCUCCUUCCUCACAUUCUGGUCCUACGUCAUCAUCCUCAACACCGUUGUACCCAUCUCACUCUACGUCAGGUAUGUGUGUGUGUGUGUGUGAGAGAGAGUCUGUUUUACUGUGUCAUUGCUUAUUGUAUUUCUGCCUAUUUGAGAUACUGUACCUUGCAGAUACAUGUCUGCGCUAAGGUUCUACUGUAUGUAAUGUAAUGAAUGAUUCCUGUAUGUGUUGCAGUGUGGAGGUCAUCCGUCUGGGCAACAGUUUCUACAUCGACUGGGACAGGAAGAUGUACCAUGCCCUUAGUGACACCCCGGCCAAGGCCCGGACCACCACGCUGAACGAGGAGCUGGGUCAGAUCAAAUACAUCUUCUCUGACAAGACUGGAACACUCACUCAGAACAUCAUGAUCUUCAAUAAGUGUUCUAUCAACGGGAAGAGCUACGGUGAGGUUCGGUUGGUACAUAGGAAGAGCUACGGUGAGGUUCAGAUGGUACAUAGGAAGAGCUACGGUGAGGUUCAGAUGGUACAUAGGAAGAGCUACGGUGAGGUUCAGAUGGUACAUAGGAAGAGCUACGGUGAGGUUCAGAUGGUACAUCAGAAGAGCUAUGGUGAGGUUCAGAUGGUACAUAGGAAGAGCUACGGUGAGGUUCAGAUGGUACAUAGGAAGAGCUACGGUGAGGUUCAGAUGGUACAUAGGAAGAGCUACGGUGAGGUUCAGAUGGUACAUAGGAAGAGCUACGGUGAGGUUCAGAUGGUACAUAGGAAGAGCUACGGUGAGGUUCAGAUGGUACAUAGGAAGAGCUAUGGUGAGGUUCAGAUGGGUGGUCCUCUGUAGCUCAAUUGGUAGAGCAUGGCGCUUGUAACGCCAGGGUAGUGGGUUCGAUCCCCGGGACCACCCAUACGUAAAAAUGUAUGCACACAUGACUGUAAGUCGCUUUGGAUAAAAGCGUCUGCUAAAUGGCAUAUUAUAUUAUAUUAUUAUAGAUGGCACAUAGGAAGAGCUACGGUGAGGUUCAGAUGGUACAUAGGAAGAGCUACGGUGAGGUUCAGAUGGUACAUAGGAAGAGCUACGGUGAGGUUCAGAUGGUACAUAGGAAGAGCUACUGUGAGGUUCAGAUGGUACAUAGGAAGAGUUAUGGUGAGGUUCAGAUGGUACAUAUGAAGGCAAGGAAGUGUGUAUGGACGGAUGCAGAAGCACACACACACGAACAAACACACAAUCACAGGCUCGCAUGAAUCCCUCCUCCAUUGUGAAGAACCCCACAUGAAUUCAUCCAGUCUCAAUUCUGUUCUCCAGGAGAUGUAUUUGACUACACUGGCCAGAGACUGGAGAUCAACGAGCACACAGAGACGGUGGACUGGUCCUUCAACCCUCUUGCUGACCAUCAAUUCUCCUUCCAUGACCACUCGCUGGUGGAGGCAGUGAAGCUGAACAGUGUGGAGGUCCACUCCUUCUUCAGAAUUAUUGGCCCUCUGUCACACUGUUAUGGCUGAGGAGAAGAGAGAGGGUGAGGAGAGGGGGAGGGGGAGAGGAGAGAAGAGAGAGGGAGAGGGUGAGGGGGAGAGGAGAGAGAGAGGGGGGGCAGAGGACGAGAGAUGAGAGAAAGAAGGAAGGGGGAGAAAGGAGAAGAGAGAGAGGGGAGGAGAGAGGAGAGAGGGAGGGAAGAGAGCAAGAAGGAGGGGGAGAAAGAGAGAGGGUGGAGGAGAGGGAGGGAGAGAGAGAGAGGGAGGAUGAGGAGAGAGGGAGAAAGAGAGAGAGGGUGAGGAGAGAGGGAGGGAGAGAGAGAGGGAGGGAGGGUGAGGAGAGAGAGAGGGUGAGGAGAGGAGAGAGGGAGGGAGAGAGAGAGAGAGAGAGAUGGAGGGUGGGUGGGUGAGGAGAGAGGAGGAGAGAGAUGGGGGAUUGGGAUAGAGAGCGGUUGAGAGUGAGUGAGAGAGAGUAUUUGUGAAAGUGGGGAGCAUGUUUGUUUUUGCUUGUUGAGAUUGAGAUUAUGUGUCAGAAAGGGAAGACUGUGUGUUUAUCCAUAUUCAUGUAUAUAUCCAACAACAAAAAAGAGCGAUAGCUACGACCACUUCCUCGAACAACAGGAAAUGACCUCAUUCCCUCUGUAAAGGUGAGCUGCUGUACCAGGCCCAGUCACCUGAUGAAGGUGCCUUGGUAACCGCAGCACGCAACUUUGGCUUCGUGUUCCGCUCGCGCACGCCAGAGAGCGUCACUAUCGUAGAGAUGGGAAAACAACGCAGCUACGAGCUACUCGCCAUCCUCGACUUCAACAAUGUCCGCAAGAGGAUGUCCGUCAUCGGUAAACACAAACCAUGAGAGAUUUAGCUUCUUGCUCAGUGUAGUAUGUCUAUAAGGGCUGAAGCCUAACUGUGUGUGUGUGUGUGUGUGUGUGUGUGUGUGUGUGUGUGUGUGUGUGUGUGUGUGUGUGUGUGGUGUGUGUGUGUGUGUGUGUGUGUGUGUGUGUGUGUGUGUGUGUUGUGUACUACAGUGCGGAGUCCAGAGGGGAAGCUGUGUCUGUAUUGUAAAGGAGCAGACACCAUGGUCUAUGAAAGGCUGCACCAGUCCUGUACCAAGCUGAUGGACGUCACCACUGAACACCUCAACGUAAGAGUCUGUGAGAGAGAGAGUCAUGAGAAAACCAAAAGAUAAUUACUUGACACAUUGGAAAGAACUAACAAAAAAACAGAGCAAAAUAGAAUGCUAUUUGGCCCUAAACAGAGAGUACACAGUGGCAGAAUACCUGCUAUUGAGAAAGGCCGCCGUAGGCAAACCUGGCUCUCAAGAGAAGACAGGCUAUUUGCACACUGCCCACAACAUGAGGUGGAAACUGAGCUGCACUUCCUAACCUCCUGCCAAAUGUAUGACCAUAUUAGAGACACAUAUUUCCCUCAGAUUACACACUCACAAAGAAUUUGAAAACAAACCCAAUUUUGAUAAACUCCCAUGUCUAUUGGGUGAAAUCCCACAGUGUCCAAUGACAGCAGCAAGAUUUGUGACCUGUUGCCACAAGAAAGGGGCAACCAGUGAAGAACAAACACCAUUGUAAAUACAACCCAUAUUUAUGUUUAUUUAUUUUCCCAUUUGUACUUUAACUAUUUGCACAUUGUUACAACACUGUAUAUAGACAUAAUAUGACAUUUGAAAUGUCUUUAUUAUUUUGAAACUUUUGUGAGUGUAAUGUUUACUGUAAAUGUUUUAUUGUUUAUUUCACUUUAGUUUAUUAUCUAUUUCACUUGCUUUGGCAAUGUAAUCAUAUGUUGGGGGAGUAUUUAUGCCUGCAAAUGUGUUAGUCUGUAAACCUAUCUGUCUCUCUCUCUGUUAUAGAAGGUAAUAUCCUCGUUUCACCAUCCUGAUCUCCCGAGAUUACAUUCUGUUAAAACGAAAUGAGAGCACAGUGGUCAGGGUGGUGGAUCACGUAAAAAAAAUUAAUCCCGUAACGUAAAAAAACAAAAACAUGCAACGUGUGUGUGUGUGUGUCAUAUCCAUUCAGGAGUUUGCUGGUGAGGGCCUGCGGACCCUGGCUUUGGCCUAUAAGGACCUGGAUGAGGAGUAUUUUAGCAGGUGGAAACAGCGCCACCAUGAGGCCAGCACAGCCCUGGAGGACCGAGAGGACAAACUAGACCUGCUCUAUGAGGAGAUAGAGAAAGACCUGAUGGUAGGAAGGCUUUAACACUGAACCAGGAACAGAUUUUUUAUUUUACAUAUAAAUAAAGAGAAAGACCUGGUGGUAGGAAGGCUUUAACACUGAACCAGGAACAGAUUUUUUAUUUUACAUAUAAAUAAAGAGAAAGGCCUGGUGGUAGGAAUGAGUUAAACACUGUACCAGGAACAGUUUGAGCUGUUACAGAUAGAGAAAGGAUCGUCAUUUUAUGUGUGUGUGUGUGUGUGUGUGUGUGUAGUUGCUGGGAGCUACAGCCAUAGAGGAUAAGCUCCAGGAUGGUGUGCCUCAGACCAUCGAGCAGCUCGCCAAAGCUGACAUCAAGAUCUGGGUGCUCACCGGCGACAAACAGGGUUAG